AUGAUUGCAGUACACCACCACCCCACUGGACUGCUUAAGACAGCUAAAAGUGUUGGAUUUCAAUAUCCUACUACAUUAAGAUUAUUCCACAUCGGUUAUGUUCUAGGCGUAAUAUAUGGAUUCUUGUUCUCACUCAUCUUAACAGCGAGAGAAAACUACUACUCAGAUGCUAGUCUAAUCAGUAGCAUCGUACUUGGAGUUAUCAUCUCUGAGACAGGAUUAUUUAUCAGCUUUUUCUGGGGAGUAUAUACUACGAGUUGGACUACUGGUUUAGAUCUUGAAGGUCUUUGUUUACCGGAUCCAAGUUCUCUUGUGCUUUUCAUGACCAUCAUGUUAAGUGCAUUAGCAGAGCAUAGUUAA